AUGGCUAAUAAUAAGUUGCAGAAGAAUUUAGCUAAUAAAUUGCCCAAUAAUUCAAAGGGCACGAAACUAUUUAGUGCUCAAAGAAUUAAGCAGCUAGCCAAAGAUAAGAAAUUAUUAGAUGAUGCUUUAUUAGAUUGUUAUGGAAGAUUUAUCGCAUUAUUACCAGAGUUUUUAUUAAAAGAUCAUGUGCAUUUAUAUUUUCAAAUUCAAGAAGCUUAUUGGUGGUAUGAUGAUAUGUGGCAGGAUAAAUAUCCAGAUAAACUACCAAAGUUGAGUUUAAAAACAUUUGGUUAUUUAAUAUGUGACGAUUGUCCAAUUUUAAAGAAAUAUGUACCUCCAUCAGCUCAUGAGCAAUUUUCUUUAAAUUGGAGAAGAUACUGUAGAACAAUACCAUUGAGAGGUGCUAUUCUUUUAAAUCAUGAUUUAAAAAAGUGUUUAUUAGUAAAAGGAUGGAGCACAGAUAGUUGGUCUUUUCCAAGAGGAAAAGUAGAUGAAUUAGAAGAAGACUCUGUGUGUGCUUGUCGAGAGAUUUACGAAGAAAUUGGUAUCGAUAUAUUUCCUUAUAUUGAUGAGCAAGUAUAUAUAGAAACUCAUAUUGAAGAUCAACCAAUAAAAUUAUUUGUAAUUCCAGGUAUAAGAGAAGAUACAAAAUUUCAGCCUAAGACAAGAAAAGAAAUUGGUGACAUUCGUUGGUUCGAUAUAGAUAAGUUAUCAGAAUAUAAAGAUUCCAAAAGAAGGAAGGAAUCAUUUUUUGACAAUAAAAAGGAGCGUAUAAAUUAUAUGUUUGUAUGUCCAUUUAUUCCGAAUUUGAUUAAAUGGAUUAAUGUUUUAAAAUUAUCAAUUAAAGGAAAUGCUUCAAAAAAAAAUACAUACGUUACUGGAAGUAGUAUAUUAUCUUAUAAAUAUCAAAUAACUGGUAUUGACUCUAAUAUUAUUAAGAAAUUACAAAAUGCGGAUAUAGAAGCAAAGGAUAUGUAUAAAUCGAAUUAUUAUUUUUUUAAAAGUGAUGAUGAUUAUUAUUAUGAUGAAGAAGUUGAUUCUUUUUCUAACAGAGAUUCUUACACGGAUAUUAUGAAUGUGAACAGUAUGAAUAGUGAUAUGAUGAAAAGGUAUAAUACAUAUGAUAAGGGAUACUUGACUAUGAAUAUGAGUAAUGAUAGUAUCAAUAAUAAUAAUAUGUAUAAAAAUGAGGAGGGUGUAAAUAUGCCUUACGGAAAUAUUUACAAUAAUUCAGUUCCUAAUGUUUUUAAUAUGGACAACAAGAAAAAGGAUCACUUAAUUGAUAAGUGUAAUGAGGAUAAUAUGAAUGAUCAUAUAUUGAAUGGUAUGAAUCAUCAUAAUAAUAUGAAACAGAGUAAUAAUCAUAAUAAUUAUUAUCAUAAUAAUAACAGCAGUUGUAAUAAAGAUGGUAAGAAGGUUAUGAAUAAUAUGCUUGUGAAGGGAAGCAUGAACAACAACAAUAAUAAUAAUAAUAAUAAUAAUAGUAAUAAUAAUAGUAAUAAUAAUAAUUAUUAUUAUUAUCAUUAUAAUAACAAAUAUUAUUAUAACAAUAAAAAUAUGUACUACCCCAAUUAUAAUAUAAAUUACGCGAAUAACUAUAAUAUGUAUUAUAAUAGAGGAUAUCAUAGCUACUUUUAUAAAAAUAGUGAUCAAGACUUUUAUCAGAAGAUGUAUAGGAACCCUAUGAAAAAAAUAGGGGUGGGACAUCUAUCAGCUUUACGAUUAAAAGAGGUGGGUUUAAGAAGUUUUGACGAUCAAUAUAUUGAGAAGAGGAAAAACUUUCAGAUGAGAGUAUAUGGAAAUAACAAGAAUAAAUUAUUAUAUAAUGCAAAGAAUGAUAUAUAUGGAAAUCAUAGAAAGAUGAUGAAAAAUGCUUAUCGUUCAGUGGACGACUCUUCUGUAUAUUAUAAGUCAUCAAGAAAUACGAAUCUAGAUGCAUGUAAUGAUAAAACUUUUGGUCAAAAUCACAUGAACGGUUGGAGUGCUGAGGAUAUGUUUAAGUUGAAUGAACAGAAGUUUGGAAUACAUUCAACAUAUAAUAUAGAUAAUUAUACAACUCCUUUAAAUUGUAAUGAUGAGAAAAAGGGUAGUAGAUAUUUGAAAGAGACUUUAAAAAGUGUAAAUGUGAAAAAUGGUUCUUCUAAUGCUUUGAAUGGUCUUAUGUCUUCCACAUCUGAUAAGAGUCCAGUAAAUAAAGAAAUUCAAUAUUUUUUAAAUAACACCAAAAAUAUAUUAUCAAAGAAAAAUAUAAAUAGUUCAAAGGAGAAUGUUGAUAUGGGUGUAACUAAAAUUUUAAAUAAUAAUAAUAAUAUAAAAAAAAAUGAUAAUAUUAGUGAGAUGAAAAAGGUGUCCAAAGGUGUUGAUGGUAAUCAAAAUGUAAAGGUCGGAAAAGAAGAGGGUGAUCAUAUCAAGACUGUAAAGAAGAAAGAUAUUUUGGAUAUCAAUAAAAACAACAACAAUAAUAAUAACAAUAAUAAUAAUAAUAAUAAUAGUAAUAAUGAUAAUGUUCAUGUGGAUAAUAGAAACAAAGGAUUAAUAAAGAAAAAAAAAAGUGUAGGGGAGAUGUCAAAAGGGAUAGAUAGGAAUGAUUCUUGUUAUUCUCUUAAGGGUGACAUACGCGAUAAGAAUAAGAGCAAUAUAAAGAAUAAUAAAAAUAUGAAAAGUAUGAUGGAUACAAAUAUGUGUGAUAAUAAUAAUAUAGAUAGUAAAAAUAAAAAUAUAAAUAUAAAUAGUGCUAAUAUUACUGUAUCAAAUAUUUGUGAGGAUAAAAAUAUUGUGAAAAAAUUAAGUGUAAGUAGUAAAAAAAAUGUUAAGGACACAAUUGACUUAUUCAAUUUUGAUGAUUCAGAUUGUGACGACGAUGGGGAUGAUAAGUGUGCGUCAUCUAUAAAUGAGGAAGACGAUAUAAAUGUAAAUACUUUGACUGGAAAAAUAUUGAUGGGUUUAAUUAAAGGAAGUAGUAGUUUAAAUGAUGAUGAGGAAGAAAAAACAAGAAAGAUGAAUAAACCUAUAAAUGAUGAUCAUAAUAAGAAGGAUACUUUGAAUAAUAAUUUGGGUCAAAAUAAAAAUGAAAAGCAUAUUACAAAUGAAGUAUAUAAGGAUAAUCAUAAAAAAAAAGACAGUAAAAAAUUACAUAUAGAAAAAGGGAAUAGCAAAAGGAAUGAUAAAUUUAAUAAUGAUGAUAAUAAAACUGUUAAGGAUAAAAUGAAGAGAAAAAAUAAAACAACUGGUGAUAGUAAAAGGUCGGAGAAUUUUAAUGAAUCGGAAAUUAUGGAAAAGUUAUCAAAGCAUUUGAAUAGUUAUAACCCCUUCGAAUGA